UUCGUGAAAUCGGGUUGUACUCUCAAUUACCAAUUUAUUUUGCAUGCAAACACCUUAAAACUGUUGACUAAAUUUAUAACAACAGUGUACAGAAGAAAUGAGCUUGAUACGAUGUCAUCCCGGUAAAGUAAAGUGGCAUGGGACGCGUCUCUGGGCGUAUCAAAUUGAUAACUUAACCCUAAAUUUAUCCAAUGGCGCCCUAAUGGUCAAUCAGCCAAAAGCGUUUUCUUCUCCCCAAAAUUUUUAUCAGGGACCGAGACUUUUGUUUAAUACAAACUACACUCUAUUGAUCAGAUCUCCGUCUUCGGGUGUUAGAACUAUGCACAAAUCUUCUUCUUUCCAAAAGUCCAAUGACGACCAUUCUCACGAUCAUUCCCACUCCGAAACGGAGUCAGCUCAAUCCAAGCAUACUCAGCAACAUGAUCAGCAUGAUCACAAACACCAACACCAACAUGAACAUGAGAGUGGGCACGGUGGGUUAUCGAUUCUAGGUCAUACUCACAGUCAUCACCAGCCCAACGAAUUACUCUCGUCCAGCUUGUCGAACCCAGCUGUUCGAAUCACCUGGAUCGGUCUUAUUGUCAAUGUGGCCUUGGCAAUUUCAAAGGGAAUUGGAGGAGUGUACUUCCAUUCCCAAUCGUUAAUAGCCGAUGCUCUUCACUCUGUGAGUGAUAUGAUUGCCGAUUUUUUGACAUUGGCCACCGUUAACGUUGCUACCAAGAUUGGUACACCGGAUAGGUUUCCAUUAGGCUACGGUAAGAUUGAAACUAUUGGUGCUUUGUUUGUCAGUGGGGUACUUUUAUUUGCCGGUGUUUCAGUUGGCUGGUCAUCACUACUCCAAGUUUUUGAAUACACUAUGCCAACCUACGUGUAUGAAUUGCUCUCCAAGGUACAGGUUGGCCACAGUCACAGCCAUUCGUUUGAUUUUGGUGCUCCUGAUACCAACGAUGCACACGGGCACUCUCAUGCAGCUGGAGUUCAUGAUCACGGAAUUCCUGAAACUGCUUUGGCGGUUACAGAUCCUAAAAUCCCCAACAUCAAUGCUGCUUGGCUUGCCGGUGGGUCAAUCCUCAUUAAAGAAUUCUUAUAUCAACGGACAAUGAAAGUGGCUCGUCAAACCAAUUCUAAGGUUUUGGUUGCAAAUGCCUGGCACCAUCGGGUCGACUCCUUGACGGCUUUGGUGGCAGCUAUGACGGUAACCGGUGGUAGCAUAUUCGGUUUGGCAUGGUUAGAUUCGGCUGGGGGGAUUUUGGUUUCAGCCUUGAUCAUCCGAGCUGGUUGGGGGAGUUUUAAAGAAGCCUUGUCUGAACUAUUGGACCGUGGAGAGAGCAAGCUGUCUGAAGAAUCGGUUAAAAUAAAAGGUAUUGUUACUGAUUCUUUAGAGGGUGAAGGGUUCAAGAUUUUGAACCUAUCCGUGUUGACUUCGGGUGCAAACUCUAACAUAUUCAUAACCUUGGUAGGUUCCAAUCAAACAAAUGAAACCAUUAACGAGAUCAACGUAUUGGACGAUAAGAUCAGUCAAACCAUUAAGGCCCAAGACAAGUUCAUCAGAAAUGUCUAUAUUCAAUUCAAGAAAAUCGAUGAUUCAAAAUAUCAACAACUUACUGAAACUGACAUCAACACCAAGCAUUGAUGCUUUGUAAACUGGUGCUAUCUAUAUUCUGAAUUAUGAUAAAUAUCAAUUUAUAUACUAUUUACUAUUUACUAUUUACAAAGACCCUUUAUGUACAUGGUAAUAUUAGAUCAAGCCUUCUUUUUAUUUGAGCCUUCGAUAAAGGCCAUGAUGUCGUCCACCGAUUUACUGGCAAUUUCUUCAUCAAUCUUUGGAGCAUUUUGAUUCUUUUUAUUCUUCUUAGACUUCGAAGCAGCUGUCGAAGCUGGAGCCUUGGCUUUAGAAGCAGAUUGUUUCUUUGACUUCUCAUGGUUUUGGUAAUCUAACCAGGUUUUCAAAUUGGUAGCAUAACUUAAACUUUUAACUGUGAAUAAGUCUUUUGGUCCUAAUGCCUUGACGAAAAUAUUAUAAGAAUUUUCAAAUUGAACUUUAGCACCUUUAAAACUAUCAGCAGAAAGCAAAGAAUAUCCGUAUCUAUACUUAAUCAAACCAGUAACAUCAGAAAUUUCACCAUUCAAUUUUGUUGAAAGCUCGAUGGACUUUUCAAAUAACUUCUUGCUUGCAUCGAAUAACUUAAGUUUCGUAAAGAUUUCACCCAAGUUAGCAAAAGU